AUGAAUACAUUCGAAUGGAUAUUACUCCCUGUACCCUGCCAACAAGCGCUUCGUGAACCGCAAGACGAAGCCAAAGUACUAGGAGUCAUACUAGACCGCAAGCUCAACUUUAAACCCCACAUAUCACUCAAAAAAGAACAAGCCAUCCAAGCCAUUAAUUUCAUCACCCGUCUGGGAGGUACAACGGAUGGCCUCACGGGAUUCGCUUUCAAGCUCCUCUACAACUCAUGUAUAGUACCCAUUAUCUCCUAUGGCGUGGGAGUAUGGGGUAACAACCCCAACACCGUCAAGAAAAUGGGCAACUCCAUCCAACUAACCCAAAACAUCGCUCUACGGAGAAUGCUUGGUGCAUACCGCACCACCCCAAUCUACAUACUUCACAGAGAAGCAGGUGUACUCCCUCUGCACAUUAAACUCGAAGAUCUGGCGAGAAGGGCGGCACAUCGCCUCUCGGACCCCACAAGAACACACAGGGACAACCCCACCAAAGCUCAACUCCUGAGCGGAAGCGUAGCUGCUGAAGCAAACAACAGACUAAACAGCAUCAACCGCAUCAUCAGCGUCAACCGACCUAGAAUCAGCCCAGCCCAGGCAUCCAAGCGCAGGGCCCUCAUCCAAUGGCAACAUGAACACGCCAUUGCGACUACCAAGGCAUCCAAUAGCCCCCACCAACCAUGGUACAAGGGAACUUACCCGAACAACAAAGUAGAAACUAACAACAAUAAACUACAACUCAGAAGAGCCAUGGAAGGCCCCAGACACAUUCUGUCAGGAGCCAUCCAACUCAAGACAGGACAUGGUAGAUUCGCCAAGUACAUUGCAGAACGCACCAAGAACGAAGAAAACAUACAAAACAAGUGCCCGCUCUGUGAAGCAGAACCGGAAACCCCCAAACACAUACUCACAGCAUGCCCAUGCUAUGACUUCAUCCCAACUUCCCUUCGCACUGGGAACCCCUUUCACCUUUUCACGAACGACCUUCAUGACAUAAUCUCACAAGUCGUCCAGACUGCAAAACUAGACACCCAAGACAGAUUUUAUUAA